UUAUCAAAAAUAGUAUUUGUUAAAUUAUUUUAUAUUUGUGAUACGUGUGGAUUAUUCAACAUUGAACGGUACCUCAAAACUUUUGUUGAUCUAGAAAAGAUCGCUGCGUUCGAAAUGUGGAAUUAUUCAAGCGCAAUGAAAGCGAGACGCUUUGAGAUACCAAAGGGGAAAGAGGAAAAAUCCAGUGCUAUUCCAUUUGUCGAUUCCAAGGUGAAUGAGGGCGAGGUGAAGUUCAAUGACGCGCAUGAAUCGGAUAUUCUGCGUCUACAGACCGUGCUAAAAGGGGAUGAAAAAGAACCAAAAAACCUUCGAUGUCAUAAUAGGUGAGGAGUGCUCAACGGCGUUAAAUCUGCGGGACAAGAUGGACGAUAAAACCUCUAUGUUUCUGGUCAUCAUUCUCGCGAUUGGCGGCUUAACGAUGAUGAUUGCCCUACUGACUUGCUACGCUUGCAUCUUCCGAGAUUUGUGUUGUCGGCUGAGGAACAGAUCUAAAAGGCAGCGGCAACAUUCUUUCCAACAGGAAUUUGAUCAUAAUAGAAGCAAGUUCGAUACGAUGCCGUUAAAUGAUAUCACGCAACAAAGAGACAGUAUGCCGACGGAAUCCGAAAAGAUUUAAACAAAAGAAGCUUUCAGAAUGUUCCUUGCGACAAUAAUUACAAUCAUAAAAGCAUUUGUAAUGUCGUAAACGGUUAAUUAUGGUUUCAGGGAAUAAAGAACACGCCAAAUCAUGCUUUCAGAAGGGAUAUUAAUCACAGUAUAGAUAACAGUAUUAAAUAUACAUGGAAAGACAUAGUCGCGCAUAGUUCACUCGUUAGUUCAUUGUAAAUCUAUUAUGUACAUAAGUAGAUACGCACAUAUAUGUAUAUACAUAUAGACUGCAUGUUAUCUAUCGCGAGUAUGCAAUAAAAGAUCUGGUAAAAA